AUGUCAGGAGGCAAUGCAAGGAAAUGUUCUGUUGCAACAACUUUCCUUUCUGAUGCACAUAUUAUUUUAUUGGAUGAACCAACAUCUUCUUUAGAUCCAAUUGCAAGACACAAAGUCCAUGAACUCAUCAAUCGUUACAAAGGUGUUAAAACAUUCAUGUUGUGCACACAUCUUCUCGAUGAAGCAGAGAACCUUUGUGAUACAAUUUCUAUCAUGUUGAAUGGCUGUGUUUAUACAAUUGGAUCUCCACAGUACCUUGCAAACAAGUUUGGUACUGAAUGGAAAGUUGAUAUUCUUUUGGAUAAUCCAUCACAAGGAACACAGAACAACAUUAAUGAUUUCAUCACGAGGGAGAUACCAAUGGCAUAUCCAACAAUUAUCAGACCAACAAGUAGAAUUUAUUCUAUUCCAAGAAAGGAAAUUUCUAUCACGGAGUUGUUCAAGAAACUUGAUGCUGCACAACAAAAUAACAUUGGUAUCAAAUACUACAGUUGCUCUUGUUCAACACUUGAAAAGGUCUUCCUUGAAAUCGUCAUAUUGAGUGAACUAAGAAAUCUUGAAAGUGAUACAGAAAUGAGCGAAUUAUCAGCUCAACCUAGAAAUCUAAAUGUUUCAUAA